AUGAUUCUCCGCACCCAGCCUCAGAUCGAUUUCCAGACGAGGGGAGAACAUGGCCUCGUGCGGCGUCCAGUGUUUGUGCUCCACGGUUCUGACACUGAUCAAAUGGCUGUAUUGAAGUCUUUAAUGAUGUUGGAGGUUCCCCCGCUGUCAGCUCAUCUGAUCAGCCCACUUGUACAUGUCGAGCUGUGCUGCUUCCCCGGUAUUUACCCAUCCCUCCGACUCACCCCAGAAGACCAUGGGGGGGGUCUCUAUUCCGUCUGCAAUCCCCGCCGCGAGGCCUCUGCGCUGGGAGAGCAGUCAUCCAUCAGGCCGGGGUGUGUGGAUGUUUAA